ACUCUGGAUAUGUUUUCUCCCAGAUCUGGAUAUUUUUUUGAUAUCGUGAAGCUACGAGGGAAAUAAUUGCAGGCAUUUCUUCUGGACUCCCUGCUUCUCUCCUCCCUCUCCUCCCCCCACGGACAUGCCUUCAGUUUGGGGAGCCGAGGCACCUUGUCCUAGGCGAAUGAAGCCCCCCAGCAUCGAGGGAGCGAAAUGAAGGGAAAUUCUGCAGUGGAAUGAGAGCUCUCCAGCUAGGUCCUCGCAUCUGCCAUUUGUCCUUUCAAACUGCAUUGUAAUCCGGGCAGGAUAAAUCAGACGGAGAGACGAGCAGCCUCCUGGCCGGCUUUCUCCGCCCGAAUUUACUUUCCAGAUUUCUUUUCUUUGCCCUCCUGCUUCUUGGCUGGCUCAGGGAUGACUUCCUCGCUGCAGCGACCCUGUCGGGUGCCCUGGCUGCUAUGGACCGCCCUGUUGGUCAGCACUACGGCUGCUUCCCAGAAUCAAGAACGGCUGUGUGCAUUUAAAGAUCCCUAUCAACAAGACCUUGGGAUCGGUGAGAGCAGAAUCUCUCAUGAAAAUGGGACAAUAUUGUGCUCCAAAGGGAGCACGUGCUAUGGCCUGUGGGAGAAAUCCAAAGGGGACAUCAAUCUUGUGAAACAAGGAUGUUGGUCUCACAUUGGUGAUCCCCAAGAGUGUCACUAUGAAGAAUGUGUAGUAACUACCACCCCACCCUCUAUUCAGAAUGGAACAUACCGUUUUUGCUGCUGUAGUACAGAUUUAUGUAAUGUCAACUUUACUGAGAAUUUUCCACCUCCUGAUACAACACCACUCAGUCCACCUCAUUCAUUUAAUCGCGAUGAGACGAUAAUCAUUGCUUUGGCCUCGGUCUCUGUGUUAGCUGUUUUGAUAGUCGCCUUAUGUUUUGGAUACAGAAUAUUGACAGGAGACCGGAAGCAGGGUCUUCACAGCAUGAACAUGAUGGAAGCGGCAGCGUCAGAGCCGUCUCUGGACCUGGAUAACCUGAAGCUCCUGGAGCUAAUUGGACGGGGUCGAUAUGGAGCAGUAUAUAAAGGUUCCUUGGAUGAGCGUCCAGUUGCUGUAAAAGUAUUUUCUUUUGCAAACCGUCAGAAUUUUAUAAAUGAAAAAAACAUUUACAGAGUGCCUUUGAUGGAGCAUGACAACAUUGCUCGCUUUAUAGUUGGAGAUGAGAGACUCACUGCAGAUGGACGCAUGGAGUAUUUGCUGGUGAUGGAGUAUUAUCCCAAUGGAUCUCUAUGCAAAUAUUUGAGUCUCCAUACAAGUGAUUGGGUAAACUCUUGCCGUUUGGCUCAUUCUGUGACUAGAGGAUUGGCUUAUCUUCACACAGAAUUACCACGAGGAGAUCAUUAUAAACCUGCAAUUUCCCAUCGAGAUUUAAACAGCAGGAAUGUCCUGGUAAAAAAUGAUGGCACGUGUGUUAUCAGUGACUUUGGUUUGUCCAUGAGGCUGACUGGAAACAGACUGGUGCGCCCAGGGGAGGAGGAUAAUGCAGCUAUAAGUGAGGUUGGCACAAUUCGCUAUAUGGCGCCAGAAGUGCUGGAAGGAGCCGUGAACCUGAGGGACUGUGAGUCCGCGCUGAAGCAAGUGGACAUGUAUGCGCUGGGGCUGAUCUACUGGGAGGUGUUCAUGAGAUGUACAGACCUCUUCCCCGGUGAGUCUGCACCAGAAUACCAGAUGGCUUUCCAGACAGAAGUUGGCAACCAUCCCACUUUUGAGGACAUGCAGGUUCUUGUGUCGAGAGAAAAACAGAGACCCAAAUUCCCAGAAGCCUGGAAAGAAAACAGCCUGGCAGUGAGAUCACUCAAGGAAACGAUUGAAGACUGCUGGGACCAGGACGCAGAGGCUCGGCUCACGGCGCAGUGUGCUGAGGAGAGAAUGGCUGAACUUAUGAUGAUAUGGGAGAGAAACAAGUCUGUGAGCCCAACGGUCAACCCCAUGUCUACUGCCAUGCAGAAUGAACGCAACCUGUCACAUAAUAGGCGUGUGCCAAAAAUUGGGCCUUAUCCAGAUUAUUCUUCUUCCUCAUAUAUUGAAGACUCCAUACAUCACACUGAUAGCAUUGUGAAGAAUAUUUCCUCGGAGCAUUCGAUGUCCAGCAGCACGCCUUUGACUGUAGGAGAAAAGAACCGAAACUCAAUUAAUUACGAACGGCAGCAAGCACAAGCUCGGAUCCCCAGCCCUGAAACGAGCGUCACCAGCCUGUCCACAAACACCACCACCACAAACACCACAGGCCUCACUCCGAGUACGGGCAUGACCACCAUCUCUGAGAUGCCGUACCCAGAUGAAGCCAAUCUGCAUGCCACGAAUGUCGCACAGUCAAUUGGGCCAACCCCUGUCUGCUUGCAGCUGACGGAAGAAGACCUGGAGACCAACAAGCUAGACCCAAAGGAAGUUGAUAAGAACCUCAAGGAGAGCUCUGACGAGAACCUCAUGGAGCACUCGCUCAAGCAGUUCAGCGGGCCAGACCCCUUGAGCAGUACCAGUUCCAGCCUGCUCUAUCCACUCAUCAAGCUUGCAGUGGAAGUAACUGGACAGCAGGACUUCACACAGGCUACAAAUGGCCAGGCAUGCUUAAUCCCUGAUGUUCCACCUGCUCAGAUCUAUCCUCUCCCUAAGCAACAGAACCUGCCUAAGAGACCCACUAGUUUGCCUUUGAACACCAAAAAUUCAACAAAAGAACCCCGGCUAAAAUUUGGCAACAAGCACAAAUCAAACUUGAAACAGGUAGAAACUGGAGUUGCCAAGAUGAAUACAAUCAAUGCCGCAGAACCCCAUGUAGUGACGGUGACUAUGAAUGGGGUGGCAGGUAGAAGCCACAAUGUUAAUUCCCAUGUCGCCACAACCCAGUAUGCCAAUGGGACGGUGCCAUCUGGCCAGGCAGCCAACAUAGUGGCACAGAGGGCUCAAGAAAUGCUGCAGAAUCAGUUUAUUGGCGAGGAUACCCGGCUGAAUAUUAAUUCCAGUCCUGAUGAGCAUGAACCUUUACUGAGACGAGAGCAGCAAGCUGGCCAUGAUGAAGGGGUUCUGGACCGUUUGGUAGACAGGCGGGAACGGCCCCUUGAAGGGAGCCGAACUAAUUCCAAUAACAACAACAGCAAUCCGUGCUCCGAACAAGAUGGAGUUGCACAGGGUGUUACAAGCACAGUUGCAGAUCCUGGGCCCUCGAAGCCCAGAAGAGCACAGAGGCCCAGUUCUCUGGAUCUGUCAGCCACAAAUAUCCUGGAUGGCAGCAGUAUACAGAUAGGAGAGUCCACGCAGGAUGGCAAAUCAGGAUCAGGGGAAAAGAUCAAGAAACGCGUGAAAACUCCCUACUCCCUUAAGCGGUGGCGCCCCUCCACGUGGGUCAUCUCCACUGAACCCCUGGACUGUGAGGUCAACAACAAUGGGAGUGACCGAGCAGGCCAUUCUAAAUCCAGCACUGCUGUGUACCUCGCAGAAGGGGGCACUGCCACCACCAUGGUGUCUAAGGAUGUGGGGAUGAAUUGUCUGUGAGAUAUUUUCAAUCUUAUGGAGUGAAAUUAUUUUUUUGCAUCAUUUAAACAUGCAGAAGACAUUUAAAAAACAAACUGCUUUAACCUCCUGUCAGCACCCCUUCCCACCCCCGCACCAGGACUUGCUUUAAAUAGAUUUCAGCUAUGCAGAAAAUUUUAGCUCAUGCUUCCAUAUUUUUUAAUUUUGUUUUUUAAGUUUUGCACUUUUGUUUAGUCUUGCUAAAGUUAUAUUUGUCUGUUAUGACCACAUUAUGUGUGUGCGUAUCAAAAGUGGUCUCAAAAUAUUUUUUUAAGAAAAAAAGCAAAACCAGUGUAUUGCUGAUAAUCAGUUUGGACCAUUUCUAAAGGUCACUAAAGCAGAAGCAGAUUAAGAUGGGCCCGACUGCAGCGGUGUCUGUACCCAGGCUUCGUUUAUAUGUUAUCUGUUGAACAUUCUUCUCUCGUAUUUUAUUUGAAUGUGCAAUAGUCUGUAGACCACAAAGAAGCUUUCUUACCAGCUCUCUCCUAGCAGGGCACACAUUCUUCCACUGUUGAAACUUGUCCCCCAUUCUUCGAUAAGAUGAACAUUUUCUUGCUUCCUCCUUAGGGAGAAUGCAUAGACACCGUUCAAAGGGCUCCAAAAAGGACGUACCAAAACCGUUCUUGAAAUGCCUUUGUCUUUUAGCCUUCCAAAUACCAAGUGUUUCCUUCCAGGCAUUUUAAUAAGCAUAUUUGGUUCUGAUUUUGGAAGUUCAUAAGAGAGCAUAGAACAAAACAGAAGGAAGCAAAUAUUAGCCGUUUCCAUUUUAUUUUUUCUAUGUAUGUUCAUGUUCCAUAUUCAUUUAUUUAAUAAAUACUUUUUAUCAGAAAAUUUAUAGAGCUAAACUUACGUGGAAUUUUUAAGUAAGUAGAUGGGCAAGGUGAUGUAGUGUAGGAACUUUGGUUUUUCUGACCAUCACAAAUUAAAUUACAUUUCCUAUUUAUAAUAACUUCAGAAAAACUCAUAGUUUGGAAUUUACAAUAUCUUUUAUUGUUUCCCAGCAAAGCCUGACAGCUUUGAAAACGAUUCUUCUUCCCAUGACCUAAAACACUGUGUGGAGAGCUCAGUCAGCCAGCACGCCCAGUCCUGUGGAGGAAGGGCUUGCUGCCAGACUUAGGACUAUUGAGACAGCUAAGAUUUACCCUCUUUCUUUCAGUAACUUUCUUUGCUAAUCCUGUUUUCAUGAUUUCUCCCUUUGCCAAUUUCACAUGGUCCUCGACUUUGAGCAGCAUCUAUUAUUCGUGUUGUGGCAGAGCCUGCCUUCUGGUGACAGCGUGCCGGUGAGGUCACAGUCCCUCUCUCUCCGCUUCUCCUUUUGUCACGAAUGAUCUGUAAACCAGGCGCUGUGUCUUUUAAUAAAGCACUUUCUGUCAGAUACGGAUUUUCCCUAAGCGUCGUUUCCCGCCAGUUUGCAAACAAAUGAUUCUGUUUUCAGAUGCUCAGAAUUCUUAUUGUGCAUUAUCUGAUUAAGCUUUAAUUUUUUGCAGGGGGAGAUAAAAAAGUUAAGUGUAAGUCUCCAAAUUCCUGAUCUCAGUUCUUGUGUCCUGAACACCAUUUUCUCAUUUGUAAUCCUCUACCCUCACGAUUUAACUAAAGACAGCCAGCCCCUUUUCCCAGUACACUGUCCACAGUACUUGUGACUUACUUGUAGGAGCCUUCUUUGACUUGCCAUCUGCUGCACUUCUUUGAUGUGACAACGUUUAAAACAUUUAUUCAGCUGCGCUGCUGACUGGAGUCUCAGUCCUUGGAUUAAGAUGGUCUUAUUCUUGCCCGGGGCCCCUUUCUCCCUUUUGUGCUUUAUUGGCCUGUCUUGUGGGUCAGAUUUGUCUUGUUUCGUUUGGGUUUGGGUUUUUUUUUCUCGUGACAGUGUUUGUCUGUGUAGCUCUGGCUGUCCUGGAACUCACUCUGUAGACCAGGCUGGCCUCGAACUCAGAUUCUUAGUAUAAAUUUUGUCUUCUGACAUCAGUUUAUUUCAGAUAGUGAUGAUUUUUUUAUCUAUGUAACAAUAAUUUGUGUCUUUUACUUCCUUUUCUGUCCAUAUGUCUUUCAGAUGCAUUUCAGGAUUUUUGUUUUUUCAGUUGUUGGACAACUUUAAAUCAAAAUAAAUUAUAUUCCUUCCAUCUCUAACUGAAGCACUGAGAAUAAACGACCCCUGGAGGUCCAGCAGGUCUUCUUCUGUCAGAAAACUGCCUUCCAUUCUAAUAGUUUGUGUUAAGGCCAGUCACUUGUGAAUUUCCCAACAGUCUUUAAUGGUUAAUACAUUUAUGAAAUGCUUUAAAAAUUAAUAUGCCAGGUUAAAAGAAAAAGGGUAUCGUUUCCAAUCUCAUGCAGAUAAGUUUAAAACAAAUAAUUCCUUUCACUAAUACAUGGUAACUGCUUGAAAAAUAGGAAUGGUAGAAAGCAUAGGUCCUUUUAAUAAGUUUUGGAAUUUAUAAUACAGAGCACUCAAAAAUCGCUUUAAUAACUUAAAUUACUUGUUCACUUUAUUUAUCUGAUUUUUUAAGCUGAAACUGAAUUUACCACAAGAUUUCACAUAAAAAUUAAUGUUGGGUCUUUUGAUUAAAAGUCAUUCAGUUCAAAAAUAUUUCCCUGAACAGUAUUAUAAUCUUUAAAGAACCAUAACAGGACAUUUUCUUUAAAAAAUGCCAUUUGUGGGGCUGGAGAAGCAGCAAGGCAGCUAGCAGUGAUUUCUGCUUUUCCGAGGACCCAGGUCGAACUCACAGCAGCCGCAUGGCUGGUCACAGCCUCCUGACGUGCACAUGACACCCUACACAAACGUACACAUAACUAAAAAUAUAAAAAUAAAUCUUAAAAUCCUAAUCGUAUACCAAAACUAAGUAAUGGAAAGAACUUAAUUUGAAUUAUGUAUAGAAUAAAGUGAUUUAAAUAAAAACCCUAAAACAUUUAAAUGUAUAAUUUAAAACCACUUUUACUGAGGACAUUGUGAAAGGACAUACUCUGAAAACUGGCGUGUACAUGCACUAUUUUCUCAUCUUCACAGCAGCCAUAUUUUAAUUAAUUUUCAUAUUUUACGAACAAGGAAACAUUAAGAGAUGAUACCUAAUUUGUCCAAGUUUACCUAGGGUAAAAUCCCAGGUUCGUUUCUGCACAUCUCUUUCAUCCACACACGGUCUGCUUCCUUCAUGGACAGAUGUGUAAUGCACUGACAUUUUUACUCCAGCAGAUUGUGACUUGUAUAUAAGCCACGCCAGAUAACUUAAUGGUUUGAGAAGUUAGGUAAUCACUAUUGCUUAAAGACAGUUACUAAUUCAGUACAAAAUUCAGCCUACACCCUAAAAUCACGUUGCUUUUCGUCUGAUACAUUGCAGAACUGAAGGCAAAGUCAACUUUAAGAGGAAGGUGAAGGAAGCUGAGGGAACUAACAGAGAGACCCUAAAGUGAUCCCAUAUUAGAUUUAGAAAAAAAUUUAAUAUAAAUUUUCAGUCUUGUCAAUCCUUUGACUCCAUCUGUAAAAUUUCUGCUUUAGCAAUGCUAGAAAAAAAUGUUAAGUCAAAGAACCAAAUAAGAUGUAUAUGAUGUAGAAAAAUACAAAAUUAACACCCUUUAUUAUUAGUAGUAAUGUUUUGCUUUUUCGAGACAGGGUUUCUCUGUAGCUUUAGAGCCUGUCCUGGAACUAGCUCUUGUAGACCAGGUUGGCUUCGAACUCACAGAGAUCCACCUGCCUCUGGCUCCUGAGUGCUGGGAUUAAAGGCGUGCGCCAACACUGCCCGGCUGCUAAUACCCAUCUUUAUAAGGCAGGUUGUCAUAGCUUCCUUACAUGUGUGGUUUGUUCCAGAAACUGUAUGUUGGUUCUGAAUGAGAAAACAGAGAAGGGUCACUCAAUAGUCAGUCCGUGGGAAUUAUCACAAAUUUUGGCAAAUAUUUUUAUUAGAGUAUUUCCAAGUUUGAUUUCUGAAUCCCAAAGGAAUACCCGGUAAGCUGUAGCUGUUCGGUUGCACAGUUGGUCUCUAUUAACAAGUCAUUUAAGAUGAAAAAAAUCCAAUAAACAUUUCCUGUUCCCAUAUUUAUGGACAUUCGUGAGUCCCUCACUAGUAUUUGAUAUUGUAUUUUAUUUUAUACCAUAUUUUUAAAGCCUAUGUUGAACUUAGUACCUGUCUUGUGUAUGUUAUUACAUGACUAUUCACACAGAUUUUUAAAAUAUAUAUAUAAUUACUUUAUAUCCUUAAUUCCUUAAAAGAUAGAUUCUUCACGCAUGCUAGCUGAUGUUCUAGACCUGCGAUUUCAGGAAGUGUGUAACACUCCCGCAGAGACCCCAGGAAUCUUUUUUUUUAAGCUAUGAUAAUUUUCAGUAUUCACACCCUUGACUGACAGCGGGUUGUGGUGUUUUUUGUUUUCCAGAAGAUAAAGUUGCAUUUUAACCUUUUUGUUUAGAUUAUAAACUAUGCAAACUUUGUCCAAAAACUUCCUUACAUGAUCCCUUCCUAACCCUGCUGAUUGAUUACGUCAGGCUGGCUGGCUACCUCCUGAGCAGGCCUCUCCGUGUGCCCACAGAGGUGGCCACCUGCUAGUCCUCUCUUUAAAUCCCCUCAUGGGUUAUCCUGCCUGUCCCUCCACUGACAGGCAGUCCUGUGUCAGGAGAGCUUUCUUCAUACCUGUUCUCUCUCUCACAUGUGAUUGGUGUGUUUCUCAUACAUACAUACAUACAGGGAAAAGAGAAUAGAAGGCUGUCCUCUCUGUUGCUCUUAGUCGGCUUCAGGCUUCUCAGCUAACCCUGUUCAUCAGAUAAAAUUGUCCCGGUUCUGCUAGGUCUUUUCUGCUCAUCUGUUUUGAUGGCUUUAUCUAUAUUUAAAAGCACAUAGAAUUCUAUGUUAUGUUCAGAUGAAUUGCUCCAGUUAAUUUAUAGCACAGCAGCUUGGUAGGACUCAGUCCAGAUGUCGCCAUUCGACAUUGAAUUAAAUCAUCAUACCACCCAAAAUCAGCACUUAAUUUUGUAUUAGCUACAUUUUCUAUUAAAGUGUAUUUUAUGAUUUUAUAUCUGCACAGGUAGAGCUAAAAAGCCAUGCAUAUAAGCAUUUAUAAUUGUGUAUCAUUUUCUCUAAACUCGCACUGCGUCACAGGGAGUUUUAGUAUUGUGAUUGAGCCACAACAAAUCCUGUACAUUUUUCUUCAUAUCAAAUACUGUAUUAAACACUAGAUGCAGAAUUAUCUUUCAAAAGCAGACCCUACAAAAAUCAGGUAUUAUCCAUGGAUAUUUUUGUAUUUUUGUAGACCACUUUUGAAAUGCUUACCGUUGUUUUUGCAGCAUAGAGUGGGUGGACUGGGACGAUUUUCAUUUAACUUUCAAGUAGUUAAAGUUGGGUGUUUGCAUAGAAAGUAAAUCUUCAAAUUUUAUCUCAUGGCAUAUAGAUUUGAAAGUAAAUAUUCAAGAGGCUAUACUAUAUGUUAAAAUUAUGCCCCAAAUAAAUCUAUUAAACCUUUAGAAUUCCAAUUUUAUCUUUACUAUGGUGUUUGAGGUGUUUCUAAUGAACGUUGUAAACACACAUGUUCAUUUGUAAAAUUUAGUUUGGAGCCCACAUUAAAAUCCGGAGCAGAAGGAAUCUUUAGAACUAAAUUGCUUCAUUAGGAUGUACAGUUUGUAGCUGAAUUUUAAAGAAAAUUGACUGUACUUGAAAUUACAACUUAACUGUUUCUUCUUUUUAAAAGACUCCCCCCAUUUUAUUUGUAUUUUAAAUUUCAGAAACAUCUCAUGGUUUGAAUCACCUUUAGACAUAGUAUUACUUAAAAUCUCAGGGCGCCUUUCGUCUGUUUGUACUCUGACCCGUCAGUUGACAGCAAACAAGCAAUUAGAUCUAGCUGGAUAUUUAAACGUGUUUGUUGCAUAGUAAUGUGUCAUCAUAUUAUUUGACUUAAUUCACAUUGACAUGAUAUUUGAUUUCAUUAAUCGUAAAAACUUGCCCAGUUCUGUAAUUACUGAAUAGAAGGAAUGACUCAACUAAUUGGCCACAUGGUAUGGCAGAUUUAAGCCUUGGAGUUAAAGCACCGGCUUAAACACGUUCUGUUCUUGGUUCCGUGGUUACAUGUGAUGGAGCCAAUGUUUUGUUUUGGUUUGUGUGUGUGUGUGUGUUUUUUUUUUUUUUUAUAAUAAGAGAGCUUAGGAAAAGUAAUUCUGAGAUAGAGUUUUCUUAAGAGAUAAUUAGCAUUAUAAAACUGUCUUCUGGAGGUGAGCUGAUGACCACAGCUGUAGUGAUGAGAAGGUGAUCUCUGGUAACCGGUGUUCACGCUGGCAGAGCCAGUCAGUUCUUUAAGUCAGACCAACUUAAGCUCCAAUUGGUCUGUUGUCUGUUUAAAUCUUAGCAGUGGGGUUGUUUGUAAUCAGUCUCUUGUCUCAGGCUCCCUACCUUGUUAUCAGUCUUAAGUAUAUAAAAGAAACAGUUGUAAAGAUGUGUAAGGGUAAGAAAACUAAUGACUAAAAAAUGCAAUUCAAAGAAAUUAGGUUUCGAUUCAAGAUUGAGUUGCUGACUUCUGUGGCUUUUUAUCCUUUCCUGGUAACAUUUAUUUAUUUAAGCGACGUUGUAUGUUAUGUCUCCGUAUCUAUAGAUUGUAUUGUAUAAGUGUUUGUGUAAGCUGGAAUCAUCCUGAAUUUUCUGUUGCUAAUUUUUCAAGUGAAUUUCAUGGAUAACUGUAAAAUACACUAACUCUUAGGUUGUUAUAGCUGAAACAUGGAGAUGUGUGGCUGCCGUGUUUUUUCUGAACGGACAGGAGAAACAUCAGCUGCCAAGUAUUCACUUCUGGGGAGGCUGACAAGGUUGGCUCCUCCUCGGAACCCUCUUUCUUGUUAACGGGUAUCUUCUGUUGGUGUAUUUUGUUCUUACAUUACAGAUAGAAAAUCGUGUGUGAGUUUAUGAAUAAUUACUUUCAGUUAUUUUGCUUUUGUAUAAGCCAUCUGAGACCUUGCUAUGCUGUAUAAGUUGUGUUUGAUGGAGCAGUGUGAGUAUGAAAUAAAGCAGAUCACUUUCUUUUGUAUUAUCUAUGGAUGCCACUAUGAACGCUGACAUUAAGCCACUAAAGAGUUUUCUAUGAAUAAGUGUAAGUAAAUGCUUUGAUAUAUAUAAACCUAAAUAAAAGAUUGUAUUGAGACAGAGACAUUGGCAAAGGAAGUUUUAAGGCAGUUCUUUAGGUUUGAAAGGCUUGCUGUAAAAUGGUGCAUUAUUCCAUUUAUUAAAGAUCAUAUUAAUGACAUUAA